AUGAAUAAAAAUGAGGUGAACAACUUUUUGUGCCAGUUUGACUUCUCCGCCAUGGAGGAGUUAGACCCAUCAUUAGGUAACGUCAAAACGGACGGCUAUACAGCUUGUUACAAAAAAGAAGUCCCAUUCGAGAUAAAGAUGGAACAGACGAACGACGGGCCGCAGGAAAUAGGUUCACUGGAAGUUAUAACGGUGAAACUGUUGGUGUUGGGGGAAGAAUCAAAUGCCAAGCGCAUCAAGAUAGAGCUAACCUGCGAAGCGGACCUGUUUUUUCACUUUACGCAAACAGUAGACGAACGCUCGUUUGAGGCCAUGCAGGCCAGCCAAAAACUUAUGAUUAAUUUUUCGGAAUAUUUGGAAGUUUUAAUAAAAAUGUUCAACUCCUGUGUAGGGGACCCGCGCAGGUUUUUGGCUGUUCUCACUGUGAAGCAAAAUGGAAAAGCUCGGCUGGAUUUCAUCAAGAACGUCGAAUAUAAGUUCAUCGAUCUGCUGGUGUGCGAGCUUGUCCAGUCCUCCGAGGAAACCAUAAAAGAGAGCAUUUCCUACAGGUACAAUGCCAUCAAGUCAAAAAAUUCCAUAAUGUACAAAAGGUUGCAAGAUAUAAAUCUGUUAAUCAAGUCGAAAAACCCGUCCCUCCUAAUGCAACUCCAAAAAACGGUAAAUAAACAAAUGGAACUUAGGAAGAACAGACACUACAUCAGAAGUAUAUAUAACUCGACUUGA